UCCGCGGCUUGUCCCCGGAAGUGUUGUUGCUUGUCGUGAGUGUGAUGGCUUCAAGGUUACUUCGCGGAGCCGGAGCGCUGGCCGCGCAGGCCCUGAAGGCCCGCGGUCCUAAUGGGGUGGUCGCGGUGCGCUCCAUGGCAUCUGGAGGUGGUGUUCCUACUGAUGACGAGCAGGCGACUGGACUGGAGAGGGAGGUCAUGAUGGCUGCACGGAAGGGACUGGACCCAUACAAUAUACUACCACCAAAGGCAGCUUCAGGCACCAAGGAAGACCCUAAUUUAGUCCCCUCCAUCACUAACAAGCGAAUAGUGGGCUGCAUCUGUGAAGAGGACAACAGUGCCGUCAUCUGGUUCUGGCUGCACAAAGGCGAGACUCAGCGAUGCCCUAGCUGUGGAACCCAUUACAAGCUGGUGCCCCAUCAGCUGGCCCACUGAGCCCUUGCAUUAGCUUCUGAAAAUGUGCUGUAACAUUUCUUCUUUCCAAUAAAGACUAGCCAUGCUGUUGGCUCCUCCCGUA